GUGUGUGCUGCGAUUGGCUAAGACAAACUCCGAUGUUUACACCCUGUCAGGGCAUCGGAAGAGCAGCUGUCGUGUUAAUGCUGCCGCUCGAGAGAGAAUUUGAAAUUGUUUUGUGUUUUGUUGUUUGUCGCAGAGCUCCAGGGUCAAGUCUGUUAGCGUAAUGGUCAAACCUCGGAACCAGCGUCUUGUAGCUUCGGUCUGAUUCGGAGAGAUGCCUCCCAACAAGCGGUUGCAGAAGAAAGCUCUCAUGCUGGAGUGUGAGUGGAGCUCGUGUCAGGAGUCGUUCGGUAGCAUGGAAAACUUCUGCAAGCACGCGGAGGGUCACCUCAGCGCGUUGAACACGGCGGAGGAGGAGGACGAAGAAGGAGUGGAGGGGGAAAGGAACUGUCUGUGGAGAGACUGUGGGUUCUGCUCUGUGGAGGGUCCGGAGGAGUUGCGACGACAUCUGUUCUUUCACUGUUACCACACCAAGCUGAAGCAGUUGGGCCAGCAAGUGCUCAAUGGCCAGCCAGAGAUUGGCGGCUGCUCCAUUGGCUACAACAACUGCAACAUCAUCCCCGAAAUCCCAGACAAUUUCAUCUGCCUCUGGGAGGAAUGUGAGCAACCACCAUAUGAAAACCCUGAGUGGUUCUACCGCCACGUGGAGAUGCACAGCCUGUGCAUAGAUAUACAAGCAGGAGAGUGUGAAGUCCCAAUACGCUGUAAAUGGAAAGAUUGCGAAGCCACUGCUAAGGGGCGUCCUAAGCUGCGGGAGCAUCUGCGCAGCCACACCCAGGAGAAGGUAGUGGCAUGUCCCGGCUGCGGGGGGAUGUACGCCAACAACACCAAAUUGUUUGACCACAUCAUACGACAGAGCGCAAUGGAAGGUCAGAGGUUCCAGUGUUCCCACUGUUCCAAACGCUUUGCAACAGAAAGGCUGCUGAGAGACCACAUGAGGACCCACGUGAGCCACUACAAAUGUCCGCUCUGUGACAUGACUUGUCCAUCACCCUCUUCACUACGCAACCAUAUCAAGUUCCGCCACAGCAAUGAGAAGCCGUACAGCUGUGAAUACUGCGAAUACAGCUGUAAGAAUCUGAUCGAUUUGCGCAAACACCUUGAUAGCCACAGGAGCGAGCCGGGGUUCCACUGCGACGUUCCCGGCUGUGAUUUCACGUCUCGUACCCUUGGCACCCUAAAGAUUCACAACAAAAGAGAGCAUGAGGGGACUUUUGCAGCUCGCUACAAGUGCCAUGUUUGUGGUCAGUGCUUCACCAGGGGCAACAACCUAACAGUCCAUCUGCACAAAAAGCACCAGUUCAAAUGGCCCUCUGGACAUCCCAGGUUCAGGUACAAGGAGCAUGAAGACGGCUUCUUGCGUCUGCAGCUGAUUCGCUACGAGAGCGUUGAACUGACAGAGCAGUUGAUGCGAGAAAGACAAAGCAGGCAAGUGGACGAGGACGAGGACGGGGACGGUGGCCAGACUGAGGGGCAGGGGCUGGAGGAAGAAUCAGCAGGUGCAGCCCCCUCGGAGUUGCAGGUCGAACUGAGAGGGGUGCUGCUGGAGGAGCAGAGGACUGAGCCGACCAUCAGCGCUGAGGAGAGCAGUCAGGGUGAAGGCGUGUUGUACGUUCUCACCGGAGCUUUGACGCAAGUAGGGGAGGACUCUGCAAUGCUGAAUCUCCAGGAUACUGCUCAGCAGCAAGGAAUGCAGAUGGCUUGACCACCACAACAGUCUUGCAGACACAUCCUAUAAGUGUGAGGACAUUCUGUGAUCUGCUCUACUGUUUCCAAAUAGAUGGCAAAUGUAUGGACAAUCAGACACUUUAAUUGGGCCUCGUGAAGAGAUGCAUCUUUGAUAAAUUAAAACGUCAAAAUGAAGGGACACAUCUUGACUCUAAGCCUAUAUUAGGUAAUAACCCUUUUAAUGUGUUUUGUUUGCUAAUAUUGAACUUGUGGACAAGUUGUAUGUGUGUGUAUUUUUUUUUAUUCGGUUAUUGUACUGCAACAUUAUAGUUGGAUACUAAUGCUGCACUGCCUAGUGGCUGGUCAUCCUCUUUUAGAUGGGCAAACUGCCCAAAUUCAGAAAUUAACAUCAGCCACACAUUUUUGACUUGUCUAAAGUAGAGUAACAGAAAUGUUUGGCAUUAUUAUUAUUCAUCAUGCGUGGAAUCCAGCAAAGAGGGUCGACCUCACUAGCUUGGAAAGUUUAUUCUUUGACACUUUUUUUUUUACAACUGGAAUAAACUUGCUAAACAAAAUUUAACAAAAAAAUCACUUUUGAAAAAGGUUGAUAAAAUAGUGUUAGUAAAAUUUUGUUGUAUAUGACACAAUAUUCCUCUGAAUGACUUUUAGCAAGUAAAUAUGGACGAACAAGCAUUGCA